AUGACAACCGUGCUGGAUGUUUUUGGCCCCACGAGUGAUGACUGCAGUGCCUCGGCAAACAACAUAUGCCAGUUUACGCCUCUUAUUUCGGUCUCACCGAACAGUAAUGAAGACCAGUUGUGCAGUAAACAUGAUUUAUUUCUUGUUGAAUCAGUUCAUGAUGAAUCAUUUCAAAGGUCAUCACCAUCCUCCUUCAAAACACCUAGUAAAGAAGUUUCUUCUCCUGGAUCAUUGGAACUGCCGUCAAUGCCGAGUGACAAGAGUAGCUCUCGUGAUUGUUCAGACGGACAUAGUUCAGUAAACUUUUUAUUUUCCUCAGAUUUGACCGAUACUGAUCGUUCAAACAGUGUUUGUUCCCUUUCUCCCUCAACACAACCAACUGAACAUUUUUCGAAUGCUAAUGAUGAGUUUUUUCUCCUAUGUCCAGAUCGGAUGCUAGAAAGUGCCUUCGUCAGAUCUGUGGGUGCAGACAUGGAUGAUAACCGUGCGGUUUCUAAUAAAAUUCCUGACGGUAUCACUGAUAUCCAAACACCUCUGAAUACACCGCUUCAGAAUUCAUGUUCGAAUGAUGGCAACUACUCUGCAUUUACAUCACUGGCUUACAACGAAUCAGAGACCACUCAAUACAAAUACCACGAUGCUCCUUCAAGACCUGAUUGUCCACAACCUAUUGGAACUAAUACUCAUCCUACCAUAAUGACUGCAUCAUAUGUUUUACCUUCAAAAGUAGGUGUAAAGGUGGAUUCUUGUGUUUCUAAGGUUGGUGGGAUUUUUACUGUUUGUGACCAAUCAACUACAUUUCCUGAGAGUUCUACAUGUCUCCUAAAAUCACCAGAUUCUUCAGCCACUUUUAACUCUCGUCACUUAAGUGAUUUCUGCCAAAGUUCUGAGAAUACACCUGAUUGUAUUCGAAGUCGAGGGAAUUCUGUUCUUGUUCCUGAUUCGUUUGCUCGUCAGCGUGGCGAAAGUAAACUCUUGUAUGACCAGAAUGAUACUGACUUCCAAACGUCAAAACCCACGUGUUCCCCAAAGACAGUCGAUCCACAUACGACGCGAUUUGAUCCCAUUAAUAUAAAAAAUAAGUAUAUUAGUAAUGAUUUUUCCCAUCAACGGGUUCCAGUCAUUACUGGACCAGAAAGAACAACUACUUUUGCUUCUGGAAAAAGAUCCCGGAACGCUUACUCAAGUCCAUGCAUCUUACCAUUGAAGGGACGUAACUGUCAUGCUGAAUCGAAACUAUUAUCUAACUACGGUCAUAUGUAUAAAACGACGGUUGUAUCAGUGACCUCUUAUCCUCCUUAUAGUCUUGAUCAGAAUAUGGCACCUAGUCGAGACUCAAUCACAUUGACCAAAAGAAAAACCUUUAUUAACAACUGGGACUCUAGACACAAUUGGAGAAACAAUGAUAUAAAUCCAGUUACCAAAAUCGAUUAUUCUUCUGUGCCUGGGUUUCAAGAUUCUUCUGCAUCAAAAAGUAAACGCAAAGGUUCAAGAGUAGUGGGACGUGGUGGUAAGCGACAUAAGUCGUUGGAUAGUGAAAUACAUAGUUGUCGUACAAAUCAGACUCCGUCAAAUGUGUCUCUGCAUUCUCUUUUGUUACAAGAUGUCAGUCGUUUUAUCCAAGAUCCCGUACUUCGUCCAUUAUUGCAUCUAUAUGCUCCAACUCCUCUACCACCAUGUAGUCAGCCUAACUUUUCAACGAGUAUAUCUGAUUUGGCUUCUCUAGGUCAAAAGUACUUUCGUUUUCCAAUGUCAUUACGCAAACUAAAAGAUAAACCCAUUGCCGAAGAAAAUAUUUUGAGGUUUUUGGCUAGGUGUCCUAACACCAAAGAAAGAAUAAACUAUUUAAAUCAAGAAAAUUUCUUGGUAGAUGCAUAUCGACGUUCACUUGGUCGAAACUUUUAUUCUACUUACCUCUCCCCUACACCUGAAAACCGAGUCUCACCCUUAAAUCUUUUUAACGUGCAUAAGUUUCAUAUCACUCCCACCGUGGACUGUAUAACGCCUCCUCUUUCCCCAGUUGUCAGUGACGACUUUCAAUGCUGUCUUUCAGAGUUGAAUGAUGACAUUAAAUGUGACCAUAAGUAUCCUGAAGAGAUUAUAUUAUUCGAUCAGCUUGUUAGUGAAGCGCAGAAAACUUGCUUUCAUUGUAAAAUGCAAAUCAUACUACCUAAAAAGCCACUCAUGUGGAAGUCUCAAGAUAAGGAUAGCUGCUUGUCAUUUUGCAGUUCCGGUUGCCUGAUGGAACUAAAGCGACAAGGAACUAGCUACAUAACACCAUCUAUUCCAAAUAAUAACUGUGAUUUUACACUUUCAGUUACUUCAACAAUGAAUCUCAACCAAUAA